UCAGGCAUUGCACUUGAUCACAUUUCAGCUGGCAGUUCCAAAGGCUGUGAAUAUUAAUUAAUCAAUUCUGCUUUUCAUUUUUCCUGAACAUUGGAAUUUUUUGUAGAAAAUUUCUUUCCAUUUGACAUGGUGCCACCUGUGUCAGAACAAACAUCUGUGCAAAUUAUCUCUCUCUCUACCUGUCAGAAAAAACAUCUAUGCAAAUCAGCUCUCCCUCUCCACCAAACAAACAUAAUUUAACUAGGAGGAAGGCAGGUCAUCACCUCGCUAUAUAUUAAUCAGUGGACUCAAGCGUUAGAGAUCAGUUGACUCUGCAAGCCUACAGAUGGAAGUCAUGUCGAGGGUGGUCCUCACAGUUAGUCUCCUCUGCUGGGGCAUCUGCUCCUCUGAGGCCAAAGUCACCUGCAAGGAUAAAAACGGCGGCGAGGUGGACUGGUAUAUCCUAUACAAGGUGCCCAAACUGAACAACAAAGCCCUUAGUGGUUUGGAGUAUUUCUACAUUGAUUCAGCUAAAAAUGAAUGGCCUGGCCCUAUCAACGACCCUAAAGGUGUCCUGGCACACACUCUGCAGCCUCUCCUUGCUCACAAAACUGAAACACCAGACUUUGGAUUCAUUUCCUACAAUGAUCAGCCUGCAGGGUGUACCGCUGACCAAGUUUUUGGCCACAGUAAAGGGGUUGUGAUGAUGGAUAAAACUACAGGGGUCUGGCUGCUACACAGCACACCACAUUUCCCCUACGAUAGAAAACAAGGCAAACUCUGGCCUGAAUCUGGAGCACAACAUGCUCAGACCUUCAUCUGUGUAACAUUCACCUACAGCCAAUUCGAUCAAAUAGGUAAACAUCUCCAGUACAUCAGGGCUUUCCCAUUUGAUCAUUACAUCCCAGAUGGCUUUCAUCCAGUGCUCAAGUCUGUUGUAAAACGAGAAGAUCUCAAACCAGCUCUCAGUCCUUUCCUGGACCAGGACCUGAUAUCACUGGGUCGCCAAAAGUUCAAAAGCUUUGCAAAAUAUAGCUCAGGGUCAAAUAAUGCCAGAGAUCUUUAUUUUCAUAUUGCCAAGGACCUGAAAAGUAACCUGUUUGCCCGAACCUGGAGGGGAAGCAAAGAAAAUGAGGAGUCGGACUGCUCAGACGAGGGGAGCGUAGUUUACACUAUUGAUUUUGUGGAGAUGACCCUGAAUGUGGAACGAAAAAGGGUGAAGGUUGAUUGGACUGACUGCCAAGAUCAUUCCAAGUGGUGUGUGACUGAAGAUGAUAGUAAACUGUGGACCUGUAUUGCUGAUUUGAAUAAAGUACAAAGCCAGGAUAAGAGGCCUGGGGGGGCACUAUGCAUCGAACGGUCAGGUGUAAGAGAGCAGUUCAAGGGGUUCAUUGAGCAUAAAGAAGACUGUCUACUCUGAAAAGUUUAAGGAGUCAAGCCUUACCAGUCUACAUCAUGCCAAAUUCUGUCAUAUUUCUGAAACCAGCAGUUUAAUAAAAAAGAGGCCAAUCAUC